AUGGCUAAGAAAUAUUGCAAUGUAGAGCUUGGAAGGAGACGUGCAGCAAGCAAGCUAAAUGGUACCGAUGAUGAAAAUUUUGAUGACUCCGGAGACCUGGAGCCGGAGUAUGUCAUAAAGACUAGAAUAAACGAAGAUGGUACUAUCAGUAAUUAUUUUGAUAAAAGGAAGUUGAGAAUUGCGCCUAGGUCCACUCUUCAAUUUAAAGUAGGACCGCCAUUUUAUAGUGGGGGAAGAUUUCGAAACCUAAGAUGUGUUGAGACUGGUGAGCUUAUGAAUUUGAAACUACUACAAAGAAUUGAUAGAGGAUUUGAUAACAUUGGUGACGACUGGGUAGGAUAUAAAAGGAACUACUUUACUUUAGUUGCUGCUUUUACAAUUGACGGUUGGGACUAUAAAAAAUUUCUAAGCCACUCAUUUACAAUAGAUGCACUCCCGGCAAAUGAUGAAACUGUUGAAGGUAGUGAUAUAUGUUUCAAUGUGAGGAAAUAUAGUGAUCUACAUUCUGAUAGAACAUUGCCUGUAGAGUAUUUUGCAGUUAAGAUAAGAGCAACUGAUGACCAUGAUAAUGAUAUCCCGCUAGUGCAACAUACGGCGAAGAGAGAUAAAGGGCCUCAAUUUUCACCAGAUAUAUGCCCUAUUAUUCCAUCCCCACUACCAAAUCAUCAAGUAAUUAGAGAAGCAUCAAACGUGAGGAAUAUUGUUAAAAAGCAAAAAUUCGAUCCAACUUUUCAUUUUUAUCGCAAUAAAGAGCUGAACAAUUAUCCGAUAGAUACAAUAUUGGGCCUGUAUCCUGAUAAUUGCAUAAAGAAAGUUGCCCGUUUUGAAAGAGUUCAAUUUUCUGCAUCUAACAAUGUUGAUAAGCAUUUUGAUCAAAAUAGAUUUUUCAAGUUACAUGUCAUGUUUGGAGUUGCAGUUACCGAAUCAUCACUAAUAAAUUCAGAAUUUUUACAAUCGGAAGAAUCCAAAGAAAUAUUUGAAAAUACAUCUGAACCGUUUGAAUUGCCAAAUGGCAGAAAAUACAUAUUUCUUCAUAUUGAGGAGAUGGAAACACCGGCCCUAAUUAUUAGAGGUAGGUCACCAUCUAAUUAUACACCGGCUAAUUACUCUCCCCCAAAAAAAAUAAUAUUUGAUGAAGUCUCAUCUCCGACAAAUGGUAGUAGCCCGUCUCCAGUUAAAAAUGUUGGUAUCAUUAGCAUAAAAAAUAGGUCGAGACAGAAGGAGCAAAAUAAGAGGAAGAGGGGAAAUGCAUCACUAAAUAACAACUACAAUAAUUGCCAGAGACCUGCCAAAAGAAAGGCUUGUGUAAGAAAUGCAAAUGAGUCUGGGUUCAAUUUCACUGAUGACAAUAGCUAUGUGAAAGUAGAUAGAUACUCAAAUGAGGUAGAUUUAACUUCCCAGAACAUUGAUUCAUCAGUUUUAAUAGAUAAAAGUGCAUUGGAAGCUAUCAUUGAGUACAAUGCGCUGCAUUAUAACCUGGCUGAGAACCCACAAAAGAAUAAUAAGAAACCUGUGUUUACUAUCAAUAGUAAGCCUGUCAAGAGUGCUAUAAAAAUCGAUGCAACACAAGUCGCUAUGGAGGUGUGUUUAGAAGAAAAUAAAUUAGAAAAUACCGCUCAGUUUGAUCCGUCGCUGUCUGAAAUGCAUUCAUUGUCAACCAGAUAUUGUACAGGACUUAGUAAAAGUGGUAGGAAGAGGUCGAAAAAUUCAGUAAAGCCAACAUCAACCAAUCUGUCAAUAAAUAUGAGAGACUUGGAAGUACGUCCUACAAUGAAAUCCUUCACAGAUCCAGGAAUGAAAAUCGGUUCACUAUUAAUGACAUCCAACAGAGUUGACCAUCUCUCUCAGCCAGACUUGCCACAGUCUGUUGAGACAGGUCUUGAGCAUUGCCUAUAUAAAGAAACGGACGAUAAUUUCAGCAGAGAAGGAAGUAUAUUGACAUCUGAAGAAAAUAAUCUUCCAUUUUUGGAAAACAAUACAUCGUUUGUUCAAAAUUCGUUGUGUUUCACGGAGCAUCCUUUUGUAUUUGAUAGAGGUGCGGAACGAAGCUCGACAUCACAUUCCAAUGCACCAAGAACAUUCUCGAGAUUAAUUGAGGGUACUAUGAUAACAAACAGCUAUCAAGCUAUGGAAGGAAAAUUAGUGGAUCUCUUAAUGAAUUCCGAUUCACCUAUUGAACCCACGAUGGAACCUUUUCCUUAUGAUCAGGCAGCACCACCCUUAUAUGACACUGAUGAUGCCAUAUAA